UACAACACACAGAACACUUUGAAUCUGCAGCAUUUAUGUGAAGACUGCUGUUAAAAGUAUCCGUAGUGACUUAAUGAAAUAAACUAGCAGCUAAUUGAAGGCUUCGCGCUGUAAUGAAAUCUGGAACCCGCAGCAGCCCAUGAGAUGGAAAGGGCCGACUAAGAAAGGCCAUGUGCUUCCCCGGUGCGGACUUAUGGCAGCUCUGAAGUUAUUCCCUGUGCAGUUAAGAGAAGUACAACCCCUACAACCCCCUCCCUCCGACAGAUGUGCUGUUUAAAAGGUUCGCUCUCCAUCAGCAUGCACAAAGUCGGCUGGAGGAAGUCUGCAGUGUUUCUUUCUCUUUCUCUCACUCCCUCUUUCUGAGCCAUAUUGAGACCGAGCCUAAUCAAAACAAUCUGCCUGUAAAAUACCCUGCCGGCUCCCUUCAACAUCCGCAGAGGCCAGAAGAAAGAAGCAGAGGGGAGGAAAACAUUUUCCUGCAGUUUGAAAGUUUUGGUUUGUUUUUUUUUUUUUUUUAAAUCUGAAUCAAGGCAACUCGUAGAAGAAGACAAAGAGAGAGAGAAGACCAGCAAACGUAGGGGGAAGACAAAGUCACUGCAAUCCAAAACAUCCUGUGGUAUUUAAGGAUAUACGUUCAUCUUAUCAAUACAAUGAGGAAAACACAAGCAUUACGGAGCUGCAAACUGCUCAAUGGCAGCAUGGGUCAAAGGGUUCUUUUACUGUCCAUGACGUGUCUCUUGCUAAUGUGGCCCUGCUGCUGUGACUCAAGGUCACUGCACUCUACGAUAGCCAUGACCUCCGAGGAACAGAGUGGCGAUGAGGAGAUUUCUGUCUUUACAACCCACUCAACUGAGAUCACCCCUCAGAUUUCCACUACAAUGACUACCAGUGCCACAAGAAUUCCAUUGAAGCCUUUCAACCUACGCAAGAUUGUGCAGUUUCUUCAGGAGAACAUGUUACUGAUCAUCGUUGUGGCUUCAUUGCUAGCGGUCAUCAUUUUUAUUGUUUGUUGUGCUUCUGUACUUCGCCAUAAACAUAAAGUCAAUGCUUAUUAUCCAUCCUCAUUUCCCACCAAAAAAUAUGUGGAUCAUCAGGAUAAGGCAGGAGGCAGCAAAAGCUUCAAUGAAAUACCGGAGAAGACCACUAACUGCCAGAAUGUGGAACAGGUGGAUUCCACUAAGCAGCUCCAAGCAGACAUUAAAGCAGCAGCCCAAAGCCUGAGAUCUCCUUCUAAGGCUCCACUGAACACUCAAGACCCUAAACUAUCCCAGCAAAACGCAGACGUCACAGCUCCACAAAACAAUAUUGAACUUCCAGGAAACUCCUUACAAACACAAAAAGAUUCUGUCACACUAUCGUCACCUUCGGUGAACAGGUCACCAGAGAUCAGUCACCAUCAGUUGCAGGAAGCUUGUCCGAAUCAAACAACAACUCCCCAAGACUCAGACCCACCCGCUACAUCCAUUUGUCAAGACAUUCAGAAUAAAGCUGCAAGUCAAGAGGCUGAACUGGUCAAUCCAGAAAAUGCAGUCGUUCACCAAGGCAAUCAGGAGUGUCAGCCAAGCAGUUUGGAGAACCAGGAAGUGAUUCAAUCAAAUAGCCAGGAGACCCAGGAAGUGGUUCAGCCAAACAGUUGUGAGACCCAAGAAGUAGUUCAGGCCAGCAGUGAGGAGACCCCGCAAACAGUUUGUCCUGAAACUGAGAAAGUACAAGGCGCUUCUGUGACAAUUGAGCCAACCACAGCUGCACUAUGUGAGGAAAGUCAGAGCUCUGCCACCCCAGGAUGCCCAAAUAUUAGUGGGGAGACCACUGCAUUUUAGAAACGGACAAGCAGCGGGUAUGUGAACCCAAAGGCUCUGGUUUUUGUUCAUCAUGACAAAACACCACAGUGCCAUUUUCUAGCUUCCUAAAUGUCUGCUUUUACAGUUUGUUCUUAGAUACAAAUUGAAAUCACCGGAAAUAGUUUCAGCAAAAACCCAGAAACCCUUCAAUGGGACACUGUUGGUAACUGGGACUCAAGGGUAUGCCAGUGACCUUUGAGCAACAUUCCUACAGUGGAAUAUUGACAAGUGCUCCUUCACUUUGGGUAACCAUUUACAUUCCAAAGUUCACUUUUUUUUUUGCUUACACUCGUUGAGGUUGAACCUUUGUUUACGAGUUUGUUUUUUAGAGCCUGGCGAUAUGGAAAAUGUGGGGUUACGUUCUGCAUUGGAGCCUCACAACACGCUUUACUGAAAGCAUUCACAGACACUGAAUGAUUUUUAUACAAAGCCAAAGAGUAGGACCAAGUCUUAUACAAUUCUGGUCUUGUGUAUUGAUUAUUUUCUAAAUACCUAUACUUUUUUUUUUUUAAAAAGAAAAAGAUUCUUGUAUUAAACUUGAGACAUGAGACUCUAUGGGCUACUGCUUGUCAUGAGUAUCAGUCAUUAACUUUCUUCAAUUCGUAGGAAAUCGUAUUUUAAAAAAAAAAAAAAUGAAUGCAGUAUGUAUCUCAAUUUUAUUUUUUAGUUUAAUCUUAAGUUACAUUAACCAUAGUUUAGGGGAAAGGUGCAUGUAGGAAGAUCAUAUCAUAUUGCUAUAGAAAUUGUGAUCAGUAUAUAAGGAACAUAUUUGGAGUUUUUGUUUUCUUGUGGCCUAACCAGGUGUGUUAUGUAGACCCAAGAGAGUCUGCCAAAGCUGUUCAGGAGGGUCCAAGGGAAAUUAAAAUGUCUUUUUUAUAUCAACUUACAUUGCAUAUCCUUCAAAGAAUGUGCUUGGUAAUGGAUGUGUCCGAGACUGUUUGGUGGCUUCAUGUCAAGAGACGUUUCUCUUUCAGCUCUGUUAAAACGGCUCUUUGUUGCUCCAGAGGCCCAUAGCCCAAAGUGGCAUGUUUUCACCACUCCAUGGAGGUGUUGGAUUUCAUUUGUUUUUUUUUUUUUUUUUUUAUCACAUCACCACUAACAAAUGCUUGCUAGAAGGGAGCUUCAACUCAAGUCUGCAAUUCAUUAUUUUAUGUUCUAUAUGGUAACAUGAACAAUAUACCCCAAUGAGCCACAAUCAAUUAAUCAAUCAAUCCUUAUUUAUUUAGGACUUUGCACGUUCACAAGGUACACAUCUCUGAAAAGAACACCACAAUAAAAAUUACAUUCUUCUACACCAGCAGCUAUGCCACCCUAAAGCUCUUGAUAAGUUUUGCUGUGCUUUUUAAACCAUCAUUGCAAGUAUACUGCUUCUUCUAUUUAUACCUUCAUAGAACAUCGGAAUGUUUUUAAUAAUGUAUUCAUUAAAUGAAUUGUCUUUUUUUUCUGGAGUGAAUUUUGAAACUGCAAUUUGAAAUGAAAAUAAUUAGACCAAUAAAGAACUAACUUCAAAUAAAGUGUC